CGGGACCUCCAUCGCCCACGCCGAACUACGACUAUCGCGUCCCACAGACUAACGAGGGCAGCAAACCAUACGAAGGUUACGGGUGCGCUGUCGUCGAUGAUGGUCUCUUUACACAAACAUACACCUCCAACCCACAGUAUAUCUUCACCAUAACCCAACCCAACCUGCAUUCUCGCCGGAGAAUGCCCCAUACCCCUCCAUCAUGACAUCUCCACCUCUCACGGCCGCGCAGACACACGCUCUCUUCGAUGUUCUGAUCCACCACCAGCUCUACUCCGAGAUCGAGGCAUUCAAAUACCCCAAAGCGAUAACGACAUACGGAUAUCCGUUCCGCAAGGAAGAUGGAGUACAAACCACGUCCCCGCUGUUGCAGAACAUGGUCAAUAAAUUUGCCCUGCAACUUCCAGGACUGAAGGAUAUCAGCCUAGAAUUCUGGCAAGAGAAGGUUAAAGCGUUGGUAAUGAAACUAGGGGAGGCAGAGCUGAGCGAGAGUUACGAUAAGGGAGCCAUCGGCGCUCGGAAAGCACUUGCAACUGCUAUUAGUGCUCUUCUGGAAUACGUUGCGCGGGGCAUGCUGGGCGGAUAUCCAGUGGGACAGAGCGAAAGUGGGACAUCCGAGGACAACGAGUACGACAGGAGCAAACCAGAAGAUCUAUUGCGCGCAUGGGACGACGCAAUGAGAGAAGCCAUAUAUGGAAACCUGCUGGACGAGGCAUUCAAGAAGACGGGCGAAACAGGAAAUCUCGAAGACCACUCAAGUUUGAUCCAAGCUGCGCACGAAUACAUUAUCCUCAACCUUGCCUCCUUCCUACACCAUACUUUUAUCAUGUCUCCAGAUGGCCAGUACAUGAUCCGACUUAUCGAGAACGUUCACCGCCUUAUCCCAUACGGUCUCGUCAGACAGACGCUUCGCGUCGGAAACGCUGCCACUAUGAUAAACGGGAUGGUCAGGCUGGUCUUGACCAAGAUUUCCGUCACUGCGGUGACCAACUGGUUUGGUCUUACCAACAACGCAAAUGACGGCAUGAAUCUGAUGCAGCAAAUUCUUUCGACUGUCAUGGCUUGGGAUACCUCUGAAUUCCAGCGUCGUGCCCAGAAGCUCGAGUCGCAACGAGAUGCUCCCGAGAGGAAGGUGUUCAAAGCCAUCAAAAGCUAUGUGUAUGCACCAAGGGAUCAACACGAGGCAGCUCGGAAUAUCUCCAUCGCGGAAUCGAAAUCCAUCAUCGCCGUUAUUCUUACAACAGCCGAGACACCCAUAGAGUUAGAGUCAUUGACUGAACAUCAGCAUGACAUCGCAAUGGAGUACUACAGCACACUGCUCUCUAUCCGCGACAGAGAGGAGCUCACUAAGAUUUUCUGCAAGAUGCAGCCCGACCUGCUCACAUCGGCUCUGCGCGACCUUGUCUCCGCCUUCGACCCCGUCAUUCGAAACGUCCACAACGCAGUCAACCUCUCCGACACAAUCACAGACGCUGAGAACUUCCUCAACGACCUUAUUAAGAUCUCGAAGCCCAAGAAGCUCCACAGCCGCAAUAACAGUGGAAGCAGACCAAGUUCAAAAUCGAACAGCCGGUCCACAUCCCCCCAUCACAACCCGGACCAAGACACCGAGACACCAGCCAGCAUCACCGACUCCCUAUCCGGCUACCACCCAGACAGCAUCCCCAAAGUCGAAGACUACGUCCAGCUCCUCCGCAAGCACGCGCCAUCGUGCCACAAGUUCCUGCACCAAGUCUGCAAGAACGCACCGGAGCUCGCAAACCAGUACCUCGUCUACGCGAAAGACAUCGCGUCCGAGUUCCGCGUCCACGAUCCAGACGUCCUCGCAGCCUCAUCCGACGACCGGGGCGAAGCCGCCGCAGGCAACAUGACGGCGCCCCUCCACGCCAUCUUCUCCUCCCUCCCCGCCGACAAGCAGAAAGACCUCACCGCGCAGCUCGACCAGCACGCAAAGCACCUCCAACACCUGAAAUCGACCUCACGGUCGCGCCUGAAAACCAUCCUCGUGUCCUCCCCCUCAACCGCAACCUCAACCACUACAUCCUACGACAACAACACCACCAAAGACAAAGACGACCUCACGAACCGCCACCCACCAGCCACCUCUCCCCCCACCAGUCCCAAGGCCCCGCACGCAAAGGGAACGACCCACGGACCAGGCAUGUACCUCUCCCGCUGGCACGCACUCCUCGACUCCACGCUCAUCACGCCGGCGACGAUCCACGGCCCCGUGCGCAGGGGCUACGAAGUGAAGGGCGAGCUCGACGGCAAGGGCCUCAAGACCGACACGCUGAUCGCCCGCGGUGCUGCGCACCGACGCCUCGGGAGCCGGGAGCGGAAAUCCGGGGGCGUGGAUACGGUGAACGUGGCGGAGGGCACGGGCGAUAGUCUGGAGAGGAGGGAGAGGAAGAGGGAUUGUGCCGAGGAGGAGAAGACGGAGAAGGUGUGGAAGGCGAUGCAGGAUGGGUGGGUGGGCGUUUGUCGGGGGUUGGAGGUCAUGGGGGAUUAGAGUGUGUACCUAUUGGAUAGACAGGGCAAUACAUACCUACAUACAUGUAUAUUUUUUUUAUAGCACAUAGUUCGCUUGUGACAACGAUUUACCGUGAA